GGCCGGGCUCCCGGGUCCGGUCCCGGCUGCUGCCGCGUCGGCCCCCGACCCGGCCCGGAUAUGGAGCUCGGGGGUCGCUGGGGCAGGAGCUCCAACGGGAGGCUGGUCUCGGAGACGGCAGAGCUGCCACAGGAGCGGAGGACAGGAACCCAGGCAGAGGCUGCCGACUCGGGUGCCGUCCGAGCCCGCCGCUUCCUGCUCUGUCUCUACUUAGUGGGCUUCUUGGAUUUGUUUGGUGUCAGCAUGGUUGUGCCUUUAUUAAGCCUUCACAUCAAGUCCCUUGGAGCAAGUCCAACAGUUGCUGGAAUAGUAGGCUCCUCCUAUGGCAUUUUGCAACUCUUUUCUAGCACGUUGGUGGGCUGCUGGAGCGAUGUGGUGGGAAGACGGUCUUCCUUGCUGGCCUGUAUUCUACUCAGUGCCCUGGGCUAUCUCCUUCUGGGAGCAGCCAGUAAUGUGUUCCUGUUUGUCCUGGCUAGAGUCCCAGCAGGUAUUUUUAAACACACUCUCUCCAUCUCAAGGGCUCUACUUUCUGAUCUGGUUCCAGAGAAGGAACGACCGCUUGUAAUCGGACACUUCAACACAGCCUCCAGUGUGGGCUUCAUCUUGGGCCCCGUGAUUGGUGGCUAUCUCACUGAAUUAGAGGAUGGGUUUUAUCUCACAGCCCUCAUCUGCUUUUUGGUCUUCAUUCUCAAUGCUGGUCUCGUUUGGCUCUUUCCAUGGAGGGAAGCAAAACCGGGCAGUACAGAGAAGGGCCUGCUAUGGCGAAAGACUCACAUGCUGUUGGGAAGGAGCCAUGACACAGUGCAGGAGGCAGCUACCAGCUGCAGAGCCAGGGCCAGCGAGAAGGCUGCCUGGCCCUGGGUCAAAGUGGUGUUGGCCUUGCAGGACAUGAAGAACCUGCUGUUUUCUGAAAUGUGGGACAUAUUUCUGGUGCGCUUGCUGAUGGCCUUGGCAGUCAUGCUGUACUACAGUAACUUUGUCCUGGCCCUGGAGGAGCGCUUUGGGUUGCGGCCCAAGGUGAUAGGCUAUCUCAUCAGUUAUACCAGCAUGCUGGGUGCCAUGGCUGGCCUUGCCCUGGGGCCGAUCCUACGGCUGUACAAGCACAACUCGCAAGCCCUGCUGCUGCACUCCAGUGUGCUCACCUGCACACUGCUGCUGCUCUACUCCUUGGCCCCCACCAUAGGUGCAGUUGUCAUCUCCUCCACUCUCCUGUCCUUCUCCACUGCCAUUGGCAGGACAUGCAUCACGGACCUCCAGCUGACCGUGGGCGGGGCCCGGGCCAGCGGCACAGUCAUCGGUGUGGGGCAGUCUGUGACUGCAGUGGGCCGCAUCAUCGCCCCUCUCCUCUCGGGGAUUGCCCAGGAGGUCAGCCCUUGUGGUCCCCCCAGUCUGGGCGCUGCAUUAGCCUUAGUGGCCAUUUUCAUAAUGUCUCUAAACAAACCGCACUCUAAUGGUGAUGGGAAUGGUAAAUUAAAAAGUGAAUAGAUAGAUUUGGACAAAACAAAUUCGAAACAAAAUUUGAGACAGCUGAAUGAGGGCCAGAGGCCAUAAUGAGAAGGACACUUUGGAAAGGGUUGGGGUGGAAGGGAAACAUUUCCAGGUAGGUGUGCGCUGUUGGGCAUCCAAGUCGGCCCUUGGCCAUACAGCUACGCCAGCAGGAAGAUCAGAAGUCACGGAAGCUCACAGGAAGGUUAAGACUGGAGCGAAGCUUUUCCAAGGGGAGAAUAUUCAACGUUUACCUGGAAGUCUCUUCUUCCCAUCUGAGUCUCUUCUUCCUGUCUGGGCUAAUGAGGUUACAUUUUUCAAGAGUGAAAAAACUACCAGCUACAGGGUAGGGAAGUGGUGGUGGAGUAAAAGAACAUGAUGCGUAGAGGAAGGAAAGAAACCAUAAGCAUUUUCCUGCUAAAAAAUAGGGUGACAUGUCAGUCAAAUUCUGAUCAACUGGAACUUGAGUUUUUAGUUAAAUUCCAUACACUGGGAGGGAGUUUUCUAUCAAAAUCCUACAAAUUGAAGAAGCUGUUUUAUUAGAAGCAGCCUAUGGCUUCUCAAACCUGCUUAAAAAUCAGAUACUGACCUCACCCCCAGAGAUGAUUCAGUGGGCUUGGGUGGGGCGAAGAAAUCCAUGGUGUUUUGUAAGCACCAUUGACAAUUUCUCAUGGCAGUAGAAAAGACCACACUGAGACUGCAUUGAUUUUGAUUAAAUACAUAGGCUUGGCUGUUUUUACACAGCUGACUAAAUUUGGAGUCUUAAAAUUGUGUUCAUAAUCACAGCGUGUUACACCUGUCCCAGCUCUCAGCAGUUGUACUGCAUGAUGGAGCAGCGGGUCCUUGGGGCCUGUUCCCUGUGCUCUGUACCUCUGAGAGCCCAGCUUGCUCUGAAGUUGGACUAAACCACCUAGAUGCUGGGUAUGCCAGUCUGCUCCUGGAAGCCUGGAAAGUCGGGUUGCAUCCUUCUGGUGCUAACAGAACCCAGUGGUGCAGCCAAAGCAUAGGAAUGCUUUUUAAAUGAACCGCUUAUGCAGAAUAAGGGUCAGGUGGCAUGUCAUAACAGAAGAACUUGAUGCUACUGUGUCUCAUGUUAAGAAUCAUAUCCUUUCUUUUGAAUUUCAUGCCCGCAAAGACAAGCAUUCUGUUGAUCAAAAGGGAAAUAUUUUGGUAUGCCAUUUCUCAUCUAAACUGGAGUUCCAUAUACAGUGCCCAGGAGCCCACAAGAGGGAGAGGCCCAGACAGAACAUGAACGUAGCCUUGCAGGGAGACAUGCACCAGGCAGGCUGGCCAUUGGGAUUACAUCAAGCAUUAAUUAAAAUUAAAGUUACUUAAGGCCCCCCGCCCACAGGCAGUUGAAGUUCACAUUCCUUAAUUAGUCCACUAGGAUGUUAUGCCUGUUUUCAACUUAACACAUGCAUAAUUGUAAAUAUUUUAGUGCACUGCAGUAAUUUGUCAUAUCUUUAAUUAUUGUUUGUAAAGCAGGAAACAUUUCUGUAUUUUAGAAGUCAUGGAGUAAAAUCAAAUACGAUAAAUAAUUGGAAGUAUGUUUUAGUUUGAAGAUGGUCCUUUUUCCUAUCUUGCUACAAGAAAAAAAAAAAAACGGACUUGUGAUUAGGUUUUACAAUUGUGAACUUUUAUGUAAGUGUUAAAUGCUUUUGAGAAGACCAAAAUAUUAAUAUAUAAAAUGACCUUGCCCUUAAAAAGCAAAUCAAAUGUCAUGGAGAUUAGACUCAAAAGGCAAUAAAUAAUCAAGGGUUUAUGCAGUGAAGUAGAAUUUUAGAGGAAUUUGAAUCUCAAAGCUUUCUUCACUCUCAGAAAUAGCCAAGCUUCUUAAAAGCUCUUAUAGUCUUUUUUUUUUUAAUUGUAGAACUUUAUUUUUGAAGUUUAAAAAAUCCAUAAACUUAAUGAGUCUUUAUAAUCAGCCACAUGAAAAUAUUAAAAACGAAAGACUGAUCUUAUAGAGAAACAUGUUUGUUACUCUCCAGUAGUGACUUUAGUAUUUUGUUAUGUGAUAUUUUGUAGGUACACCUUUUCUCAUGACCCCCUUUUACAUUAUUUAUUGUCUUGCUCUUCAAAGUGUGACCCAGAGACCAGAAGCGUCAGCACCACCUGGGAGCUUGUGAGGCCUGCAGACACUCAAGCCCGAGCUCAGAUGUGUUGGGGACCAGUUUAAUAAGAUACCUAACUGAUUUUUUGCACAGUAAAAUUUGAAAAGCCCUGGUUUAAUGGGUAGUAUUUGUAUCAUUUAUGGAGUAUAAACUCAGGGAAAUUAAAUCUGCUCAAUUAACCUUUGUGGUGGUUCAUUUUUUAAAUUCUCUUGAGUACCUUGUUUUCUGAAGUGUCAGGCUGACAAAAAUAUCUUCAUAGGGUUCAAUAUUCUAUGGAAUCUUAUUCUGAAAUAUUUGUGAAGGAAAUGGCACCCUUUCCAACCUUCUGCCAGCUAUGACUGCUGGGGAGCCGGUCUCCAGGCUUUGGGUUCCAUAGAGUGGAAGAUUCUGCCCUCUUGUCUAGAGGGAUGAAUAAAAUUCUGAGAAGGCACUGGGUGUGUGUGGCCACAGGAAUCACCUGCAAGGUUCCAAACCCAGGCUGGGUGGCACCUUGGGGAGUUAAUUCUGCAAGAGUUGCACCUGGGGCCAACAGAAGGAGCUGUUUUGUAUCCUGCCUGCUUGCCUUAGACCAUGGGAACCCGACUCUUGAAGUACCCUGUGUGUUUCUGUGCACAUCUGGAGUUGGGACUCACUGAGUUAGAUCAAGAAUGGAUUCGUCCACCGUGCUCAGGGGUUGAGUUUGUAUUGACUGAUAAAGGGGAACAAUGGAAGAAUUCAUGCGGUAGAGUGCUCCGAAGACCAUCCUGUUUAGAAAGAGCUCUCCAGCCCCAGUGAGGAGGAUUAACUGGAGGUCCAAGGAGCAGUCUGGACUUUGGGGCAGUACCUUAAGGGUGGUCCUGGGGGAGAGCUGGUUGCAAGGACAGGGACAGCAGGCAGAAGUUGUGGCCCUCAGGACGAUUGCAAGAGAGGCUAUGAGUGAUUCCCAAGUGAUGAGUGUGCAGCUUUGAGGAAUUUCAAAGAGUUGCUUGACAUCUUCCUGAUGACACUUUUAUAAGAUAUUUAGAAAUCUGUCAGGAGUGAGAAUCAGUCCAGCCUGAGAAAAUUUAGGCAUUUGGGCAACUGCAUUCAGAAAACAGCUAUUUAUUUGGAAUGCAUAAUAGCCAUGAGAGUGAAUCUCCAUACCUCUUUACCUCCAAAAGCUAACUUAACAAUAGCCUUUAUGAAGCCUCUAAAACAAGGUUACCACAGAUUUAGCCAGGAUGGUAUGUAACACAGCUUUUCUUGGAACAGGUUGAUGGAUUAAAAUAACUUUUUUUCAGCCCUAAUUUUUUUUUCUUGAACUUGCCAGACACAUGAUAAUUUUCUUCAAUAAUAAAACUUCUUUAUAAUUGUAA